AUGGGUGUAGUCCCCAAAGACACACCAUUCCUGUCUAAUCAGAGCUGCAAAUCAGUGUGCCCUUUAGCCAUUGCUAAAUGUAAGGAAGACAGGUAUGUUGUAUUUAAAUUUGAUUCAUUAGUCAAAUAGUUAUUUGUUUCCAAAAUAACUAGUUUUGUUAGUGAAAAUUUUUAUUGUACCUUUUUGACUGUGUAAUAUUUGGUUGUUGACCAGUUAUACAUGCAAGCUGAAAUAAUUUGUGGAUUUACAAUAAAUUUAUUGUAUGAGGCCUAAAGGCCCCAGUAGACGAUCAUAGUUUUGAAAAUUUUACCGCAAAGGUCUUAAUUUAUUAGUGGGCCAUUCAAACCGGACCUUAUGUUUUAAACUCUUAAGAACUAGCUGCCGCAGACUAGACUAGCAGUCUGGUAUUUCUUUUUCCUUUUUUUUCACUUUAGUAAUAACUUCAGUUUACCAGUAACUUUACUUUUUAUUAUUAUUAGGGAAAACCUAAAAAAGCUGAUUGUUAAUAUCAACAAACAAAAGGAUGCACUAAAGAAGAAUGGAAUCACAGUGGAUGGAGUGCAUUAUGCUGUGAGAUUUAAAGGUAAGUUUCACAUAAUAAUUAAUAAGGUAUUUUUUAGUACCAUAAUUUUCAAUCCAAAUGCCUGCAUGUACAUUGACCUUUUUUUUUUAAUUUAUAUCUACAGUUAUACUUGACCUGAAGGCCCUCUAUCUUUUGCUGGAACAAAUAGGGAAAGCGAACUUUCAGCUUGGGAAACGAGGAACUGAAGUAGGGUGUUGCUUCAUCUGCAAAGCUUUGAGGGUAUGUGGAUAUAUUCAAAAUCUCUGAGUCAAAAAAUUCUACUAUACAGGUUUUGACCUUACCAAUGACCAACUUACCAAUAUAGUACUAUUAGUUUUUCAGUUUUGCUGGGUAAAAUUUCUUAUUAAAAACUAGCUAUGAAUAAUUGCUAUUUUUAUUGUUACUUUAUUAGGGAUGUAAUUGCGAUCUUGGUCCGCAUACAGUUUGUUUGGAACACUUAAGCAUGUCCAAGGCCUGCUGCAAUAUUGGAGGGUAAUUUAGUUAUAGUUUUGGUUUACUAAGAAUUCUCCGAUGAUACUUGCUGAGGCAUGCAGCCCUUGAUUUUUCAUGAAUUUCAGCAUUUGUAGUUGUCAUUUUGAAUUCACAGUAACUUCUAAUUAUAAAAGGCAUUCAAAACAAGAUUAUCUCAAUACGGUUAACCUCUAUUCAAAAAAAUAAAUUCCCUGGUAUAGUGAGUGAAUCUCGUCAUCCCAGCAUUUAUAGCUUAAUAAGUAUGUUUUCUGUAAAAGACUAACUUUUUAUAUAGACCUCAUUUUAGCAAUAUUUUAUAAAUUAAGCCUUGCCUUUUGUAAAAGGGGAAGUUCCACUGCAUGGAAAAGAAUCCAAAAAAGCAUUUUUUUGGACAAACAUGGUGUUUAAUGCCCCUGUCUAUAAAAUGUUGGAAGUUAUCCUUGUCUUGUUUUCCUAGAGAGCACAUAUUAUUUUUCCAUAAUAAUUAAUAUAUCACAGUCUUCCUUUACUGUAGGUGCGUCAAUAUUGUACUGUAGGGGCACUGUACGUCAUAAAAGACUGAAAACCUGUCGAGUAAAAUACUUGAGUUUGAAAUCUAUAAACCAGUAACCACUUCAGGGGAGAUAUCCCCCACAGCUAACAAAAUAAUGGAUCUUCUUUUUUAUAGUUUCAAAGGUAUCCGUGAUGACUUAGAGUUCCUUCUUGAUUAAUCUCUGCGCCCUUCACUGCGAACUUAGAAAUACUGAACAGCUGUUGUCAUCAUUGGGUUUGUUUUCGUACAAAGUGGGUUCACUUGAUGAAUGUAAUGACCAAUUGGCAAAUUAUGGCCCUGAGAAUUUUAGCAGCAGAAUAACGGUGAAGAUGAAGGAUAUGGGCCAAGAAACUGCUGUUGAAAAGCACAACAUCCAGGUGUCUUCAUUUUCAGGUAUCUUCUAUUUUGUUUCAUCCUUGUCAUGAUUGCUUUCAUUAGCUUUAUCCACUUUGGGGCUUUUACUUCUGUGCUGUAGCAGCUGCGUGAGUUUCAUUUGUACAAUACCAGCUUGAUCCUUGAUAUGAAAACUGUAACACUGGUUUGUAAAUGAAGAUGUCAUUAAGGACAUUAUAAAGUUGUGAAUUUAAAUCCUGUUUGUUUCUUUCUGUACUAUUUUUCCUGAAGGUUCUACUGAACGUGAGUUCCUCACAAACAUUGAAACGAUUGUCAGGAACUCCUUGCCUCAUGACAAAUUGAAUUUAAGUCAUAUUUUGCUGAUCCAGAAAGCUCUAAAGAGGCCCUCCUGA